AUGGAACAAAACACACUCAAGAGACGGGGCGUAGGCCUCACUGGGGUGGACAAGCAGCGUUCUUAUGGCGGCUUCACCCUCUUCUGUCCUCUGACCAGUGCUACGGCCCAUCUCAUUGACAUUAACGGUGACGAGGUCCAUUCAUGGACGCUCCCCGGCCGCGUUGGUCGGCACGCCCGCAUCCUGCCCAAUGGAAACCUGGCCGUCAACACGCUCCGACCUCCGACCAAAGAAACAACGGCGGACGGCGGACCGUUUCCCUUUCCUUUUUUCAACAAGUACGGUGGCGGCAUCAUGUCCGAGCUGGACCCGGCCGGUAACGUGGUGCGGCAGUUCAGCGAUCCGCUUGGCCACCACGACCAGUACCACUGCGGCGACGGCGGGAUUCUGUACACGGCCCUGGAAGCCCUAUCGAAGGAGGAGUCGGCCAAGGUCGUCGGAGGUGUUCCUGAUAGCGAAAUUGACGGCAUCACGUACGCGGAUACGAUUAGGGAAGUCGACCAGGCUGGGAACCUGACGUGGGAGUGGAAGGUGUCUGAGCGACUGCCGAGGGCGGAAUACCCGCUGCAGGCGCACUACACGCGCGAGCACUAUCCGCUGAUCAACUCGGUGUUACCGCUGCGCGACGGCAACAUUCUCGCGUCGCUGCGGUCCGUCUCGGCCGUCAUCAUCAUCGAGCGGUCCACGGGCAACAUCCUGUGGCGCAUCGGCCCCGAGAUCCUCGCGCAGCAGCACAACGCGACAGAGCUAGACAAUGGAAACAUUCUCAUCUUCGACAAUGGCGCUUUUCGCAACGGCGAGUCCGUCACAUACACGCGUGCUAUCGAAGUAGACCGCGCGACCAAGUCGAUUGUCUGGGAAUACCGCGACCGCUCGCAAAUGGUGAAUUUCUUUACGCCAUUCAUGGGGAGCGCGCAGCGGCUGGCGAAUGGGAACACGCUGCUGUGCGAGAGCGCGUUCGGGAGGCUAUUCGAGGUGACGGUGGAUGGAGGAGAUUCCAUGGCUGAAGCAAAAGUUGAGCGGAUCAAACGCGUCAAGUCCGAGAUGCGUGGUAAUGUAGCCACUUUGCCAACGGACUUGAUAUGUACGAGCCAGUCAUUCGAAUAG